UCCAUUGCAAAAUUGUGUAAAGAUAUCAUGAAAAUAUAUUAAUUAAGCGACUCAAUUUUUAAACAUUUAAAAUACAUAUUAAAAAUGUAAGAAAACAAAGUUCUGUGCUGAGUUGUGAUUCCAAAAUGACGUUCGUAUUUUUGAGUUUAUUUUUUUUAAAGUUGCGAUGGAGCUUUCGGACCACGAUGAAUUGAGUUAAAUAAACAAAAUGUUUCAGGUUAUGACUCGUUAGUAAAUAACUUAUUCAUUUUACAAUUCAUGAAUAUAACAACAUGUGCAGAAGAAUCGUAUUACUUUUUAUUUUAAUAUUUCAUUGUCUGUGUUUUGUUCAAUGUAAAAGGAUCAUUGUUGGAUACGUCUCGGAGAAGGAAAAUUCCGUGAAAAAUGUCACUGCACCAGGUUCAUCGGACCCCGAAAUGGAAAAUCCAUUGGAGCGGCUCAAUUGGGCCCUCAAGUCCUAUCAGGUAUCCGACAACGUUUUGGAUAUUUUAUCGACGAUCUGCAGCGCACUGGAAGGCGGCGCCGUGACAAUCGUCGGCAAUCUCAAAGAGGUGAACGCUUUUUACGUGCAGAACAUAUGCGACUCGAUGGAAAUACCCUACGUAUCCGUGAACUCGGACACGCUUCGCGAUUACAGCAACGCCUUGAACCUUUAUCCGGACCUCGGCGUCCUUGGACAGUUCUUCAACGAGCUGAUCGACUCGAUGGAAUGGAAGACCUACUCGAUACUGUACGACUGCACCGAGAGCUUGGCCAACUUCAAAUUCAACCAGCUCUGGGAGAAGGACGAGCCCUUGGUGACGUUUCGCCUGCUCUCGACGACUCAGGACAAUCGAGGAAUUCUGAGGAAGAUCAAGGAGUCCGGGGAGAAAAAUUUCCUGAUCAUUUGUAAGCCCGAGGCUUUGAAGAGUAUCUUGCACCAGUCGCUGGAAGUUGGAAUUCUGGCUGAUCAUUAUAAUUUCAUCAUCACGUCGUUGGAUUUCCAAUCCGAGGAUCUGAGCGAGUAUUACUUCUCCGGCGUCAACAUGACCGGCAUCAGGCUGAUCAACGUCGAUCGGCUGAGUGGAACUUACCAAGUCGAUCUCGCCCCGCUCGAGAACUACACGACCACGGAGUAUCUGAUCAACGACGCCGUUCUCUCGUUCGCCAAUGGCUUCCGUCGGCUCAAGUACAGCACUUCCGGUCUGCAAAAAUCCAUUUCUUGCAACAUGAGCAAUAACUGGGAGUACGGCAUUAGUUUGAGCAAUUUCAUGAAAUCCGUUCAAACGACGGGAUUGACCGGUCUCAUUCAGUACGACGGCAUCGGAAUUAGAAACAAUUUCGAAGUGGAGAUACUGACGCUGACGCGCUCGGGCUUGGCCAAGGUCGGAAACUGGAACUCGUCGAGAAAAAUCGAGUGGAUUCAAUUGAACACAGGAAAUCCCGACGCCGAGGUAUCGUCGUUGCAGAACAAGACCUUCCGAGUACUCAUUGCCAUGUCGCCACCGUACGGAAUGCUGCGCGAGACGGUAUCCAAGAUGUCGGGCAACGAUCAGUACGAGGGCUUCGGCGUCGACAUCAUCCACGAGAUCAGCAAGAUGCUGGGCUUCAAUUACACUUUCUUCGUUCAGACGGACAACGUUUACGGCUCGCUCAAUCCCGCCACAGGCGAGUGGAACGGGAUGUUGAGAAAGAUCAUGGACGACGAAGCGGAUUUGGCCAUUACCGAUCUGACGAUCACGGCCGAGAGGGAGACAGCCGUCGAUUUUACCAUGCCCUUCAUGAAUUUGGGUAUCAGCAUACUGUACCAGAAGCCCAAAGCAGCUCCACCGAGUCUCAUGUCGUUUCUGUUGCCUUUCUCGGCCAAGGUCUGGCUCUACCUGAUCGGCGUGUACGUCGUCAUGUCGGCCCUGUUCUUCACGACCGGCCGCAUGUGCCCCGACGAGUGGAACAACAACAAUCCCUGCAUCGAGAAUCCCGAGUCCCUCGAGAAUCAGUUCACGGUCAAGAACUCCCUCUGGUUCACUCUUGGGGCUAUUAUGCAGCAGGGUUCCGAGAUUGCUCCCAUUGGAAACUCCACGAGGAUGCUGGCCGGCUGCUGGUACUUCUUCUGCCUGAUCAUGGUCUCGUCUUACACGGCCAACUUGGCCGCUUUUCUGACCGUCGAGACGGUCGAGCGGCCGAUCAAGAACGCCGACGACCUGGCCAAUCAGGACGUGAUCAAGUACGGCGCCAAAAAAGGCGGCUCGACCCUGGGCUUCUUCAAGGACUCGAACUCGUCGACCUAUGCCAAGAUGUACGAGUACAUGGUGAACAAUCCGAGCGUGCUGACGUCCAGCAACGACGAGGGCAAGUUCAAGGUCAUGAGCGACAAUUACGCUUUUCUGAUGGAGUCGUCGUCGAUCGAGUACAUCUCCGAGCGCGAGUGCAAUCUCACGCAGAUCGGCGGUUUGCUGGACCAGAAGGGUUACGGCAUAGCGAUGAAAAAAAACGCUUCGUACAGAAACGAGCUGAGUAGAGCAGUCUUGAAAUUGCAAGAGAUGGGCGUACUUACCUCGUUGAAGAACAAGUGGUGGAAGGAAAAGGGUGGCGGAGGCAGAUGCUCGGAAGACGGAGGCAGCGGUCAAGCCGAGGAGUUGGGUCUGGCCAACGUCGGAGGUGUGUUUCUCGUCCUCAUCGUCGGCACCGUCAUGUCCUUCUUCGGCACGAUCUUUGAAUUUUUGUUCUCCAUAUUUUUCGAACGAACCGAUCCCAACAUAAGCGCAAAGAAAAAGCUGCAGGAGGAGGUCAAAAUCAUCGUCAAGUUUGGCGUGAUGACCAAAGCGACGAAACCUGAAGAGGGCGAAGAACACGAGGACGAGGAGGAAAAUAUCUGAUAAAAGCUAUUGCGCCUUGUGCGAAGUUUCAGAUUUACGCAUUGUUUAUUGUUGAUAGUUACAAGAAGAAACAUAACUGUAAAUCUUAAUUGUUAUCCUCAGUUUUUACGUUUUACGCGAUAUAAUUGUAUGUAAGAGAUGACAUGUACAAUAUUUGUUUAAAUUUAAAGAUAAAUAUAACAACAGGACUAAUAACGAA